AUGAACCCAGCAAACUACUUGCAUCUGCCUCAAGUUAGACCUGUUAAGGUCGACAUCCGUGGCUCUAAAAUCGCAGUAUAUUAUCUUUUCCGCACUACUACAAAGCACGCUUCUGCCCUUGUCAUAAAUUUUCAAGACGGCCGAUGGAAGAAGAUCGUAGAAGAGCCAAUGGUUCGACUUCGAGAUAUAUAUCGAGACUGCGAUAACAGAGACUUCGGUCGAGAUCCCUUUGGCUUGCAAAUUGCGGUCCUCGUCAGCGUAUUAAGAUGGUGGAACAAUUCGUUGAAUAGCUUUAAUGACCAGCUUAUCGCAUAUGAGGAAACAUUACUCCUCCAGGACACCACAAAUGAGGACUUACAUCGCACGAACGCGGAGAUAAACCAGUCUCUGCACUGCAUGGCUGCACACCUUCACCGUUAUGGCUCUGAGCUACGCUCGCUUUCUGAGAUCAUCAGUGACAUCAAGUCCUACAAUGAAGCUUUCGAUGCAGUUUUUAUCGCACACGGGGUCAGAAGCGCAGACACCCUUAUUCGGGCGGUGAAAGAAUUAGACCAGGCAGCAUCUCAUGCUGCAGCAAUCUCCACUUUCAGGGACGAGUUGCAGCACAAAAUUGACAAUAUCCUUGCUCUACUAGUUGAUAACACCCAAGCACACAACGAUCAGCUCCUUGUCCAGAAUAGCAAGGCAAUGCAAGAGAUUCUAAAGGCAACGGAAGAGCAGGCAGCACAAUCUUUAGCUAUGGCAACACAAACCAAACGACUGACAGAAGACAUGGCUAAAAUACUUCAACAGACGCAACAAGAGACCGAAGCCUCGCGCCAAGUAGCAAUUCAAUCACAAAGACUUUCUGAAAAGAUGAUGGAAGACAGCGUCGCGAUGAAAACGAUCGCCCUAUUAACUGCGUUUUUCCUUCCUGGCACAUCGUUUGCUGCUAUCCUCGCAUUACCCUUUUUCAAGGAUAAGUCCUGGUUCAAUAGUACUGCUGGGAUAUGGAUUUGGGUUGUGGCUACUAUCCCGUCGACUCUCGUAUGCUUCUUGUUCUACUGGUCCUGGAGUCGUCGAGAACUUGUAAAAAAAGAGAAAAAUCACCCGUAA